AUGUUAAUCGCGUCAGCCCCUCCCACACCCCUCGUAAUCCGUCUCAAACGAUACUUCAUGAUGGGGCCACAGAUACCUCCCAGUCCCUCUGAUCGGGUUCACAACACAGUGGCGGCAUUUCUCCCCAAACACAGUUACUCUUUUCCAUCCGAUCAAUUUUCUGACAUGGAAUUGCCCAUGUUCCUCCUCAAUUCGGAUUUCUCCGGGAUUGCCAACUUCUCGGGGUUCGAUGACAUUUUCCAUCCUGAUGACAUGCCUCACAAGGAUUGA